GAAUUAAACGAUUUUAAAGCUUAUUUUAUGUAAUAACAAAUUAUCUGUUUGCCUAGAACAGGAAAGUGUUACUUUGCCUAGUGGUCUAGGGGUACCCUCGACAUAACAUGACGCACAACUCCUCACUCCUGCCACUCCCAGAAAAGGCUAGCAACACAGAACAGCUGAAGAUGCUAAGCAGCAGUUUAUCUGCUUUGGAGGUUAGCAGUGCCAUCUCAACAAAUAAAAGUAUCCAGUGAUCCCUACUGUUCUCUAAGCGACAAUAAAAGGAAAACAAAAAACAAUUAUUGAACCAAUGUUUCUAACCAAUAACCAAAAUGGAUUUCAACACAAACACUCGUCUCACUCCUGCUACUGCUGCAGUGCUCAAUAUAUGCAGUUUAUAAGUAUUUACAUUUCUCUACAAAACACUCUUAACUAACAGCAUAUCAGAAACACAACUUAGCUCACAAAAUUCCCUAAUGGACUUCUGUUCAGGCUUCUCAUACAACUACUUGGUGCUACUUGCAACUGCUUGGUUCUUUGUUCUUUGUAGACGCGACAAGGAGUGGACAGAGGUGGCUGUCAGCUGGAGUUUAAGAUGCUCAGGUCCAUUCAAUUAUCCAAUCCAGUCACAGGAACCUUUACAAACCAAUCAGCAGCUCCACCAACACACACACACCUUCGAGGCAACAGAUUAUCUUAGGUCAUAACAAAAGACAUUUCGACAUUUUAAGAUCUUAACUUUUAAAGGAAAGCAUUGCACACUGAUUGAUUCAUUACAGAUGAAGAGAAUUAUUUACAACUUCUUUGUGCUUACGAACAGUUAUUCGGUCUGGUCAUCUCAAUUACCUCUUCGUUUUUUAUAUAUUUAUUAUUUAUUUAUUUUAUCUACACAAAAAAUGGAUGUGAAACAUUUCUUUUGAAAAUGACAUGAGAUUAAAAAUGUCAGAUAUUGUGGAGUUGUGGUUUGUAAAGCCCUCCCCUUUCGUCUGUUUUACAGGAAGUUGUUUUUCAUGUUGUCUGCGUGUUGUGUAACUUCUCUUUCAGUCUCACUGAUGGUAGCACAAAGCAUUAAAAUGCCUGAAGAAGAAGUGCUUUAUUCUAAUGUGAGGUUUAUAAAAGCAAAGAAGGAGACCAAUGAAAGAGCUUCUCCAGUGGCUAAUCCCACUUUCUCUCAAGACAAUAUUUCAAGGACUCAGCCGUCCACGACAGAGGUGCCUGAGCUUCCUCAACAAGCAGAGCUGAGCGGACAUUCGAAGCUGCUCUCAGAGAGAGUGGUCCUGCUGGUUGUCAUUGCUCUCCUGGCUGCUGCUGUCAUUGCUCUGUGUGUUACCUCAUUCAAGCCAGGACAUCACAGAGAGGGAAGAAACAAACAGAAAGAACCAAAACCAUGGAGCACGGUGCAGCCUACAUGUUCACAAUGUCCUAAUGCAAAAAAUCAGCCGAGUUAUAAAUGUGAAGAUGGCUGGGAGAAACAUAAAGGAAAGUGCUAUUAUUUCUCCAUCGCUAAAACCUCCUGGAACGAGAGCAGAGAUGAAUGUGGAGCUAAAAAAGGAGAUCUGGUUAAGAUAAACAGCAAGGAGGAGCAGGAAUUCCUGGAGAGUAAACUGAAAGGAAUCAAGAACUCUGAUGACAAGUUCUGGAUCGAACUGAUAUACUUAGCUAAAAACAACACAUGGGUUUGGAGGGACGGAUCACCGCUGAACACAAGUUUGACCUUUUGGAAAAACAAAGAUCAAGGCUUAAAGAAUGGGACAAAAGGGGCAAAUCCUGAUGAGCAAAGCUGUUUAAGGCUGGAGGCAAAAGGUGGAGCUAAGCUUUUGUCCUGCAAAACGCAUCAUAGAAGUAUUUGUGAGAAACAAAGAGUGACUGAACUUUGUAAAUGUGCAACUGUCUAAAGUUCAGUCAGUCUAUAAAAGAGUGUCAGUAAAAAUACAGACGUUGGAGUUGCGAUUUGUUUACAAAGUUAAUAUCUAAACUGUAUAUCUCUUCUAGAUUUGCUUUUAUUAAAAAAUAAAAUAUACUUGAAUAAAUCUGAAUAACA